GUGAAAGACAAGCUGUCAUUGCAGAAUCCAUUAGCAAUAAUGGUGCAUGCAUCAUUUAAAAGUCACAGCAAAAAACCGAUGCAGAUGUUUUAUGAAAGACGGAAUUCUUUAUUCGCGCCAACUGCUAAAAUCGCCUACACGUACGGCACCGGUUUUUAAAUAUUUAAAGCAGACAAAAAUAAAGCUAUGGUACCCGUCUUUCAAUACUCAUCGAAACCUUAUAUCAUGACAAAACAACUAUUUCUUCUCUUCUUGUGCCUGCUGGUCAUUUCAAAAGUGGCCUCUUCUGGAUGGAUCGGAACAGGCGGACCUCAAUGUCGACUGGAUAUCUGUGGACCCUUUGAAAAGUUGGCUUGCAGAGCGUCAAACCAAGAACAAGCGAAAAUAAAAUGCCCUGCCGAAUGUGGAGAUUUUGUUCCCAUUUCUUGCGUAUCAGGCUCUAGAAUUUGCUGCCUAUCCAGGUAUCCCAAGCAAUUCCCGGUAUCCGGACCCGUUAGACUUUGAUUAAUCGUAUCCCACUUGUGCCUGUUUCAAGCACCAAUUGCAGCAUUGUAAUACUAGGCAACAUAUUCUCCAUAGAAGUGGUGUCAAGUUAUGAGAAAAUAAAAA